UUUGCAUGGAGCAUGCGCCUCCUCCUCACUUCCUCUCCAGGAGCUAGUGGAGUAAAGCUACGCCCAGACUUGCGUCCGCCCGCUCAGGAACUUCAGCACCGGCUGAGCGGACAGCGCCCGCUGCACCUGCUCACCUGCUCUAGGCCCGCUGGAGCAUCAUCUCCAGGCCCGCACAACCGCAGGCCUCCCAGCUCCUCUCCAUCCCCGCGCGUGCUCCGGCUCCUGUCCCUGCCAGCUUCUUACUCCCCUUCUCAUUCAUAACAAAAGCUACAGCUCAGGGGCCCAGCGCCAAGCUGUUUCCAGCAGAGAGCAGAGGGAGCAAAGAAGAAUGGGGUUCCUUUGGACCGGCUCUUGGAUACUGGUGUUGGUGCUCAAUAGCGGCCCAAUACAAGCUUUCCCCAAACCUGAAGGCAGUCAAGACAAAUCUCUGCAUAAUAGAGAACUAAGUGCAGAAAGACCUUUGAAUGAACAGAUUGCUGAAGCAGAGGCAGACAAGAUUAAAAAUACAAACCCUCCAGAAAGCAAGCCAAGUGAAAGAAAUUAUUCUUCUGUCGAUAACUUGAACCUGCUAAGGGCGAUAACAGAAAAGGAAAAACUGGAGAAAGGAAAACAGUCUAUAAGAAGCCCCCCAUUUGGUAACACACUGGACAUGGAAGAUGUUGAUUCAACUAAAAAUCGAAAACUGAUUGACGAGUACGAUUCUACAAAGAGUGGACUGGACCGUAAAUUUCAAGAUGACCCGGACGGCCUGCAUCAACUGGAUGGAACUCCUCUAACUGCUGAAGACAUUGUCCACAAAAUUGCUACCAGGAUCUAUGAGGAGAACGACAGAGGAGUGUUUGACAAGAUUGUUUCUAAACUGCUGAAUCUUGGCCUAAUCACUGAAAGCCAGGCACACACUCUGGAAGACGAAGUAGCAGAGGCUUUACAAAAAUUAAUUUCAAAAGAAGCCAACAAUUAUGAGGAGGCCCUGGAUAAACCCACAAGCAGGACCGAGAAUCAGGCUGAGGCUCUGGAUAAACCCACAAGCAGGACCGAGAAUCAGGCUGGAAAAAUAUCAGAGAAAGUGACUCCAGCGGCAGCCGUGCACGAUGGCUUUGCUAACCGAGAAAAUGAUGAAACCGUAUCUAACACCUUGACCUUGUCGAACGGCUUGGAAAGGAGAACCAACCCCCGCAGCGAAGAUGACUUUGAGGAACUCCAGUAUUUCCCCAACUUCUAUGCAUUACUGACGAGCAUCGAUUCAGAAAAAGAAGCGAAAGAGAAAGAAACCCUGAUCACUAUCAUGAAGACGCUGAUCGAGUUUGUGAAAAUGAUGGUCAAGUAUGGCACUAUAUCUCCAGAGGAGGGCGUUUCCUACCUUGAAAACUUGGAUGAAACAAUUGCUCUGCAGACCAAGAACAAGCUGGAAAAAAACAGCACUGAGAGCAAAAGCAAGCUUUACCCAGUGCCAUCAGAGAAGAGUCACGAAGAAACUGACAGUACCAAGGAAGAAGCCGCCAAGAUGGAAAAGGAAUAUGGAACCCUGAAGGAUUCUACGAAAGAUGCUAACUCCAACCUAGGAGGAAAGACAGAUGAAGCCAAAGGGAAAACAGAAGCCUAUUUGGAAGCCAUUAGAAAAAACAUCGAGUGGUUGAAGAAACACAACAAAAAAGGCAACAAAGAAGAUUAUGACCUUUCAAAGAUGAGGGACUUUAUCAACCACCAAGCUGAUGCUUACGUGGAGAAAGGCAUCCUCGAUAAGGAAGAAGCCAAUGCCAUCAAGCGAAUCUACAGCAGCCUGUGAAAAUGGCAGGCAACCUGAGUCUAUCAACUGUUCCAGCAAAAACAAUAUAGCUUAAAAACUAAUUUGGCAGUUAAAGAUUUACCCUCCCAGGAGUAUUAGAAUGUGCUGAAUUUACAGUAGUUAAUCCCUUAGAAAUGGGUAAAAUAGAGAUCUCUUGCCAUAAAUAUCUUAUGAAAAGUAAUGCGUACGUAAGCUGAGGUUUUUGUAUAUAGAGUCCGUAUUUGCUCUUGGAUUUACAUUUUAUAGUCAGAGAUGUGCUGCUCUGGAAAAGCCUCGAAAGGGUUGAACUAAGUCUGAACCUUCUUCCCACUGUCUUAUGCUCCCUGAAGACCUGAGAAGUCCUGUUUCAAGGCAUGCUGGACACCUGAGCCCUUUGUCGGGUUUUGUUACACGAUGCUUCCGCUAGGAGUUCUCUGUUGGGCAUUGGAAUAAACCCACAUUUCUUCAUA